AUGAUGGAGUCAGUUCCUGAUCUUCAGAGUUCAAUGUACAUGACACUUGAUGGAUAUCCUUGUGUACGGCUACUCAAUCUUUCUGGUGUGAUUGGUUGUUCAAAUCCUGGAAGAGUGAAGGUUGUCGCUCCAAUUAUAAGAUUAAACAAUGCUACUGAGCUGUCUCAGUUAUCUGCAGUUUUGCUGUCAGUGGAUGAAAUUCAAAGUUUUCUUACCAGAACAUUGAAUGAUUCGACUUUUGCUAAAAAUGUUGCUGGUAUCUUGGUUGAAUCAAGCCCUGAGUUCCAAAAUAAGUUAAAAGGAUUCUCUCCAGAUCAAAAGUUCCCACAAUCUGAAUUUGCUCCUUAUAAAAGCAUCAACUACGAAUGGAACCCAAUUGGCUCUGGUAUAAUGUGGAACCCAUAUAACUUUCCUGUAUUCUUACUCUCUCACAGUAGCACAUUGACCCUGCAGGAGGCUGCCAUAAAGAAUGAGAAGAACGUAAAAUCUUAUACAGCUGACGUGGCUGAGUUUGAUCUGGUGAUGCAGACAACGAAAGCUGGGACUCAUGAUUCAGAAUCUUGUCUAAAGGAAAAUACUUGCCUUCCCUUAGGUGGAUACAGUGUUUGGUCAUCGCUUCCCCCAAUCAAUUUUUCAUCAUCAGAGCAGUCUAAGCCCAUUAUACUCGUGGUGGCGUCGAUGGAUUCAGCUUCAUUUUUCCGUGACAAAGGCCUUGGCGCUGACUCCCCUAUUUCUGGGCUGAUUUCAUUGCUGGCAGCAGUUGAUGCACUUUCUCAUGUGGAUGGUCUGGAUGACUAUCAUAAACAGCUUGUUUUCAUUGUUUUCACUGGAGAGGCCUGGGGCUACCUUGGUAGCAGGAGGUUUUUGCUUGAACUUGAUCUGCAGUCUGAUGCUGUUGUGGAAAUUGGAUCUGUUGGAAAGGGCCUCAACCAAGGAGUUAAGAACUUUUUUGUUCAUACAACUGGGGUUUCUUCUGCCACAAAUGAGACAUUGGAUGCUUUAAAGCGUGCCCAAGAUUCAGUCAAGUCUGAAAGCUUUACAAUCUCAUCUACAAAUGCUUCAAAUCCUGGGAUUCCUCCAUCCUCAUUGAUGACUUUUCUGAGAAAGAACUCUCUAACUUCUGGGGUUGUUUUAGAAGAUUUUGAUACUGUCUUCACCAACAAGUUCUACAACAGUCACCUUGAUGAUAUAUCCAAUGUAAACUCUUCAGCAAUUGUGGCAGCAGCUUCCCUUGUAGCACGCACCCUUUACAUUCUUGCAAGUGACAACAAAAAUUUAAGCAGUUCAGCUUUAACAUCUAUCAACGUGAAUGUUUCACUAGUUGAAGAACUAAUGGGUUGCCUAUUGGACUGUGAGCCUGGUCUUUCUUGUGAGCUGGUGAAAAGCUAUAUAUCACCAGCCAGUACCUGCCCAAGCCAUUAUGUUGGUGUCAUCCUUGGUGAACCUUCCUCCCCACCUUAUCUUGGAUAUGUUGAUGACAUUUCAAGGUUCGUUUGGAAUUUCCUGGCCGAAAGAACUUCCAUUCCAAGGAAAAAUGGGAGUUCUGUUUGUUCGCAAGACUGCAGUAAUGAGGGUGAAGUAUGCAUUAGAGCUGAAACUGAGGGAAAGGGAGUCUGCGUUGUCUCCACAACCAGAUAUGUUCCAGCAUACUCAACACGGUUGAAAUAUGAAUCUGGAACUUGGAAUGUGUUGCCUCCAAAUAACUCAGAACCCAUGGGGCUGGUGGACGCUGUUUGGACAGAAAGCAACUGGGAUACGAUUGGACUCCGGGUCUACACCAUCCAAAAUGCUUCUUUCGAUCGUCUUGUCUUACUUGGGAGCAUUGCCAUUACAGUCUUGUCUUGCUUUGCAAUAGCGAUUACAAAGGCCUUCGUGAGAAAGGCUCUAAAACGUGAUUGA